AUGUCGCUCCAGUCUUCAAAAAGGGAAAGAAGGUGGAUCCGGGAAACUAGGCCAGUGAGCCUCACCUACAUCCCUGGAAAGGCAGUCCAGCUCAACCGCUACUGCAAGGAGACAAAUGAGAAGGGUGUAACAAAUGCAGCAAGGGAAGCUCUGGGCGUAGGGAGAGGCUUGGGCUGCUCCCUCCCGAAGGAGGUGGGAAGAAGAAGGCACGAAGUCUGCCCGAGUGGGCUCUCAACUCUGCCUCCCGCGCCGCUGCCGCGGCCGCGGCCCCGCUCCCCCGCGUCCCGCCCUGCGCCUUCCUCGGGGGCCGGGCCGGGCCGGACGGGCGCUGUCCGCGCGCCGGGUGCUGAAGGGGAGGCGCCGCACGGCACCUGCCGCUGCUCGGCGCGGAGCUGCACCGCCGACGGCCGGCCAUGGCCGCGCUGCUCUGCUUCGUUUAACUAUUCAUUUUUAGCUACAGUGCUGCUCAUGUACUUCACAAGUGUAUCUACUGCCCAGACUACUGAUUGCCCGCACUUCAGUAAACAAUGUAUGAAUGUUGCAAAUGGGUGUGAGAGCAUCUGGACUGUUGUUGAGGAUGUCUGCAAUAUUUCAGGUAAUAGAUGCAAGGCAGAAGAUGCUAUUGGCUGUAAUAGAAUCAUCUGGGCUCUGGCUGACAAAUAUCCAGAUUUUAAAAACUGUGUCUGCACUACAGAUGGUCCCUGCAGCAUCACAGCUAUACUCGGGAAUCGAUGCAGUGGUGACAAAGAGAGCAUGGAAAGUUCAUCAAGAUCAAAUGCUGAGCUGAGUUUUACGCAGCACAGAAAGCCCCAAAGCCAAAGACACCCCGAUGAAUCAGAGAAGGAUUGCACCACUGCGAAAAGAUUCUGUCAAGAGGAUCUGUACUGCUCCUCAGUGUAUAGGAGUUUCCAGCAAGCGUGCCAGGCAGAGGCAGCAAAAUGUAGGAUGGGCAGCCAGGAGUGUUUGUCAGCAUGGAAAGAACUGAGGAAAACAGUGCUGGGAGAGUGCAAGUGCUCUGAUCCACUACAAAGGAGAUGCCUUAAAAUAUGGAAGGGAAUAUUUAGCAACCCUUGUUUGCAGUAUUCUCAAGGGAACCAAGAUUCAGUAGCUAGUGAAAAUGGUGAUGAAGAUGAUGAUAAUGGUGAUGAUCAUGAUAAAAAUCAGAACACUGACAUAGACAAUAUUAGUAUGGAAACAAAGCUACAGUGGAGUUUAUCAUCUCUCUCCAGGCAAGCAUACACAGCAAACAGAUCCUGUUUGGAUGUGAACAUGGACUGUGUUGAAGAUGAAGUAUGUAACAAACAGUUGUCCCUGUACCUUAAGGUCUGUUCAGUAAAUAAGAAGUGCAACAUGGAAGAAUGCCAAGCGGCCAUGAGGUUCUUCUAUCACAACAUGCCUUCUGAAGUCGCCCAAAUGAUGACAUUUUGUGACUGCGUCCAGCCUGAUGAAUCCUGCCACAGUGCCAAAGAACUUCUUCAUGGCAAGCCCUGUGCAAUUACUCCAGCUCCACUCCCAUCAUGUCUAAGUGUAAUUCGCAUGUGUGAGGAAGAUGAAUUGUGCAGGAAAAAAUACAAAGCUUUUUGGGACAAAUGUUGGAGACAUGUGACCAAAGAGUGCUAUGACGAUGAAGCUUGUCUUGAAACUUUAAUUAAAGACGACAUGCCCUGUUCUGCAAACGCUGAUUGCAAAGCAGCCUACAUCGGCAACUGGGGCACAAUGCUGCGUGUGGAGUGCACCUGUCAGAAUUCACCACCGGCAGAACAGUCGCUGUGCAAGCUCUUCCAUCACAUGCUUCACAGCACAUCCUGCUUCAGUCAGCUACGUGAGUAA